UCUUUUCGUCUUUCUGCUCUGCCUCAUGCAGCCGUCAAAUCUAUAAGAUCUGCCGUCCUGAUUCAGCGAUGGUACCGUCAGUACGUCGCCCGCACAGAGAUGAGACGGAGGUACACCUGGCACAUCUUCCAGUCCAUCGAAUACUCUGGAGAACAGGCUCAGAUAAAGCUUUAUAACUUCCUCGGCUACCUAAUGGACAAUUUCACACCUGCAAGCAAUGAACGGAAUUUGAUCUCGCACAUCUUCAGAGAGAACGAGGUCUGUCGGGACGCAGAGUGGGAGAGGUACUUCUGCUACAAGAACAUCGAGGUGCCGGAGAUCUACUCGGGACCUCACCUCACCUUCCCUCUGACGGUGGAGCAGGCGGUCGGGCUGGUGGAGGCCUUCAGGAACAAGAAGCAGCUGCACUCACGCUACGUCCUCCAGCUGCUGCUUGAGACGUGGAAGCAGCUCCGGAUGUUGCCAAAUAUCAACCGUAUCUCCACCUGCCACAGCAAAGAAAUCACUAUUUGUGGUGAUUUACACGGACAACUAGAAGACCUGCUGCUGAUUUUCUACAAGAAUGACAUGCCGUCCUUGGAGAAGCCCUACGUGUUUAAUGGGGACUUCGUAGACCGAGGCAAAGACUCCAUUGAGAUCCUCAUCAUCCUGUUUUCAUUCCUGCUCGUUUAUCCAAGUGAAGUCUACCUCAACAGAGGGAACCACGAGGACCACAUGGUCAACCUGAGGUACGGCUUCACAAAGGAGGUGUUGACUAAAUACAAGAUGCACGGCAAACGGAUCCUGAAGCUGCUGCAGAAGAUUUUCAGCUGGUUGCCCUUAGCAACGGUGAUCGACCAGAAGGUGCUGGUACUCCACGGCGGGAUCUCCGACACCACUGACCUCAGUGUCCUCGCCAGAGUGGACAGACACAAUUAUGUUUCAGCACUGAGGCCUCCAAAGAAGAGACACCAGAGCUCAGCAGGGAUGUCCAUCGACUCGGACAUGGACGAGGACCUCUGGUCCCCCAACAAGGCGUUCCAGCGUCGGAACUCCCUCACGUUUCUCAAACCCAUCAACCGCGACAGCUUCCAGAACCGCUCACUGCAGGACUUCUCAGCCCGGCUCAAAGUGAACACUGUAGACGAGGUGGAGGUCAGCAAAAGGAGACGGUCCAUUCUAAACCCGGCAACCGGCAGACUUGAAAAUGAGACGACCUCCUCUGGGUCCCCCAACUCUGUCAACAGUCUAACUGUGAUUGACGAGUGGAAACAGAUCCUGGACCUGCUGUGGAGCGACCCGAUGAGCCAGGACGGCUGCAUGCCCAACGAGGUGCGGGGCGGAGGAUGCUACUGGGGCCCCGACGUCACCGAGGACUUCCUGAACAGACACAACCUGCAACUCAUCAUCCGCUCCCACGAGUGUAAACAGGAAGGUUACGAGUUCUGUCACAACCGUAAGGUCCUCACUUUGUUCUCCGCCUCCAAUUACUACGAGGUGGGAAGCAACAGGGGGGCCUACGUGAAGUUGGGUCCAGACCUUGUGCCUUAUUUAGUCCAAUACCAGGCCAGCAGCAUGAUCAGAGAGCUCACCGUGAGACAAAGUGUCGGGCGAUCCGAGCGCUCAGCUCUCAAAGUCCUGCGGGAGCAGGUGUUUGCGCACAAAUCUGACCUCAUCUGUGCCUUCAAAAAGUACGACAGCAACAAUACAGGUCGCCUGCGUCUGAACGACUGGGCCUCUGCAGUGGAGAGUGUGAUGCACCUCGGUCUCCCCUGGAGGAUGAUGCGCUCUCAGCUGGUCACCGCCAAGACCAUCGACGGCAUGAUCGACUACCACGAGUGGUUCAAUGACCUCGCCAUCAAAGGACCCAACGCGGAUCACAUUGACCAGAGUCUGCUUGAGACUUUGUAUCGUCACCGCUCCACCUUGGAGACCAUCUUCAGAAUUGUAGACACCGACAACUCAGGCUUCAUCACCAUCGAGGACUUCCGGCAGACCUGGAAGCUGCUGAGCGUCUACCUAAAGAUGGAGAUCACCGACGAGACCAUCUCCGACCUGGUCGUCACCAUCGACAGCAACCAGGACGGCAGCAUCGACAUUGAUGAGUUCAUGGAGGCCUUCCGACUCACGGACAAGAAGAGCCGGCUGGAGCGAGGACGCAGCAUGUUCAUGGGGACGGCCACGGACCUCACAAAGCUGGAGGGAGACCCAAACAUUUGA